AUGCCUAACGUAAAUGUUAAAUGGGGCAAGGAAAAGUACCAAGUCUCUCUCGACUUCGAUGAACCGCCUCUAGUAUUCAAAUCUCAACUCUUUGCUCUAACGGGUGUUCCUCCAGAUCGUCAAAAGGUUGUAAUCAAGGUAGAUAUUCGUUUCAUUAAAAAGUUUACUACGUUCUAG